AAAGGGGCAGGAAAAGGAGAAGGGCGUCGUUCGAGACGCCCAACCCUCCUAGUUUCACGGUGCUUCGCAGCGGUGGAGCCCCUUUCAAAUCGAGGAUCCGCGGGGGUUCCAAAGCAACGACAGCUGCGGACUAGCGCUCGACUAGACUACUUCACCGCAACCCAUUCUCUCCCGCCUCGCUGUCUCCGCAUCUUCCCACUUCCCUCCUCCCACCUGCAUUCUCUGCAUCUUCUGCUGCCGUUGCUGCGUCCGACUUCCUGCUCGACUGUUUCCCGACUUCCUUACUGCCCACCAUGGAAGAUAUUGCCCCCGAAUACGAUGUUGUCGUGCUCGGCACUGGUUUGACGGAGUGUGUGCUUUCUGGCGUCCUCAGUGUCAAGGGAAACAAGGUCCUCCACAUCGACCGCAACGAUCACUACGGAGGAGAGGCUGCUUCGGUGAACAUCGAAACUUUGUUCAAGAAGUACGGCAAUGUCCGCCCCGGCGAGGAGCCCUGGAAGAAGUAUGGACGGGUCAACGACUGGAACAUUGACCUGGUCCCCAAGCUGCUGAUGGCGAACGGCGAGUUGACCAACAUUCUGGUCUCCACCGACGUGACGAGAUACCUGGAGUUCAAGCAGAUUGCCGGCAGCUACGUCCAGCAAGGAAAGGGUCCUAAGGCUACCGUGGCCAAGGUGCCUUCGGAUUCCGCCGAAGCUCUGCGCUCGUCUCUGAUGGGCAUGUUCGAGAAGCGCAGGGCCAAGAAGUUCUUGGAGUGGGUUGGUGAAUUCAAGGAGGACAACCCCUCCUCUCACCAGGGCCUGAACAUUCACGAGUGCACCAUGAAGGAUGUCUAUGACAAGUUCGGACUGGAGGACAACACCCGUGACUUCGUCGGACACUCCAUGGCCCUGUACCAGUCUGAUGAGUACAUCAACAAGUCGGGAAUGGCCCCCGAAACCAUCAACCGCAUCCGCCUGUACGUCAACUCCAUGGCCCGGUACGGCAAGUCGCCGUACAUCUACCCUCUCUACGGCCUGGGUGAGCUUCCUCAGGGUUUCGCCCGUCUCUCCGCCAUCUACGGAGGCACCUACAUGCUCAACACCAACAUCGACGAGGUGCAGUACGACGAGAGCGGCAAGGUGUCGGGCAUCAAGGCCACGAUGAAGGACCGUGAGGACAACGGCGAGACCAUGCACUUCACCACCAAGACCAAGAAGAUCCUGGCCGACCCCUCCUACUUCCCCAGCAAGGCCAGAGUUACCGGCUACCUGCUGAAGGCCAUCUGCAUUCUGAACCACCCCAUCGACAAGACCGACGCCAGCGACUCUCUGCAGCUGAUCAUUCCCCAGUCCCAGGUUGGCCGGAAGCACGACAUCUACAUUGCCAUGGUCUCGUCCGCGCACAACGUUUGCCCCAAGGGCUACUACAUCGCCAUCGUCUCGACCAUUGCCGAGAGCGAUGCCAACCACCACAUUGAGCUUGAGCCCGGCUUCGAGCGCCUGGGUGCCAUUGAGGAGAAGUUCUUCGGACCCCCCAUUCCCAUCUACGAGCCUCUGGAGAGCGGUGAGAAGGACAACAUCUUCCUCUCCAAGAGCUACGACGCCACAUCUCACUUUGAGACCACGACCGACGAUGUGCGGGACGUCUACCGUCGGGCGACGGGCGAGGAGUUGGUCGUCGAGGGCCUUCGGGAAGAUCAGCAGCUUGCGCAAGAAUAGAUGCGCUUCACUGACGGCCUGGAGAGCUGAAUAAUAAUAUAUCAUUGAUUUGGAUGCUUUGAGUUGAGCCAUAAAUAUUGAAAGUUUCUUUGUUCUUAUUUCUCAUUUCCUUUUUUCUCUAUAUCCAUUCCUCAUCAAUCAUACAACCAACCUUACAUCAUCUUGGAAUCCGAGUGCCUGCUUUGUUAGUGAUUCGAUCUGACCGGUAGAUCGUUCCCGUUUGACGCUUUUUCAUGUCAAUACUUCGUAG